AUGCUUCGAUUUCUGAUUGCACUGGUGUUCAUUCUCCACAAGAUAUGCGAAGGUGAAAUGGACUCAAAGAUCGUCAUUAAAAUAAACAAAAAAUACUUCGACGUAGUAGCGACUGAAGAGGAUAAUGAUGCGUGGGUUGACAUGGAAAGAGCCGACAAAUACAGAUUUAGCGAGGUCUACCAGCCUAGAUAUAAAGACGAGAUCACACUUUUAUUCCGCCCAGGAAAGGAAUUGUUCGUUUGGCAAGUGCCUUUGUAUUUCUAUAUCAUAUUCUACGGAUACCCGAGUGAUACUGUAUGGGUGAGUUCAAAAGGCUUUAUUUGCCUAGAAAAGUAUGGAGCGAGAAAUUGCUACAACUACGUAGCUCCUUUGAUGGCAAAUUGGCUCUAUGCGGACGACAGUUGGAUCGGUUGCAUCAGCUCAAACGGUUCUGUAACCAUCCAGUGGACAAAUUUGCGGCUCGUCCCCAAAAACGAGGCAAAUGCAAUGACUGUCAGCAUGCAAGUUACAGUGAAUGAAAAAGGAUCAAUCAAGUUUUUGUACAGAAUUGCUUCAAAUGAAAAGAGUCUCAGGCCAAAUCUUAUCCGCAUUGGAACCUCUGACUCCAUGCUAGCCUAUGUGUUGGGCAGCCGUAGAGAAAUGUACGGCACUGUUGAGCUUCGAAAUUACUUCCACGAUAUUGCGAAACUAAACGCACUCGUUAUCCAAAUGCAUCCGCUUCCCACGUGCAACUACUUCACUGACUGCGUUUCCUGCAACGCGCCAGAAAAUAACAAAAAUUUUCAGAAAAUGAAUUCAUUCAUCGCCAUGAAAGAUAACGAACGCUUCAACGAGAAGACAGAGUUGGGUGCCACUCCAUUGAUGCUCGCGGCCAAAAACAAAGACCUGAAAAGCUGCCUGGCGCUCGUGGAAAAAGGCCAAGACCCGGAAGCGACCACAGAUUUUGGCGUAUCGCUUCUUCACUUCGCGGCCGUGAAUAUGAGACACGGACUGGAAAUUAUUUCGCACUUCCUGGGCCAUGGACUCGAUUUAUCAGAAGCAAAGGACGUUGACGGCGAGGAGCCAGUCCUUUACGCCAUCAGGGUAGGAGAUUUUAACCUCGCCAAGAAUAUUUUGAAGCUUCAGAAUGGGGAAACAAACCUGUUGCUCUUCUUUGUUGCCCGAAACAAUUUAAAAAUCGUCAAAAUUAUUCACGCAGACGACCCUGAAUUGAUCAAAAAGCAAGACGCAAAAGGCAAUAGUGCCCUCCACCUUGCGGCCGAGUUUGCGGACCUGAAAAUGUGUAAGUGGAUUAUCAAGAAAGGCAGCCAGCACGUCAAAUCUUUAAAACACGUUCUGCACCGCGCUGUGCUGAACGUCAAUCAUGGGAUGGAGCUGGUCAGGUACUUCGCCAUCCGACUGAAAUUGGACUUGAAUGCCAUGAACGAAUACGAAGAAACGUCUCUGCACCUGGCCCUUUGGGCAGGAAACACAGAAAUGGCGCAGCUGUUGCUGGACCUCGGAUUCAAAGUGGACAAGUGCGACAAGAACCUUUUGCUCCACUGCGUGAAGAGAAACAACAUCAAAAGCGCAAGGUUUGUGCAAAGCAACAACCACUCUCUGAUAAAAGAGCGCGACUUCUGUGGCCGAAACGCUCUUCACAUCGCAGCCGAGUGCGCAGACCUGGAAAUGUGCGAAUGGCUAAUUGAGCAGUGCCUCGACGCCAAGACUUUGGUCCCAAUUGGAGGAACCUCAGCCCUGCACCACGUUGGAUAUAACAAACAGUACGGGACAGAACUUGUUGGAUACUUUAUUAGUCUGGGUUUGGAAAUUAACCCUCCUAACAAAGCUCUCAACACUCCUCUCUACGUCGCUCUGAGAAACCAAAAUAUGGCCGUUGCUGAGGAGAUGGUCAAAUUCGGUGCCGACUUCAGAGUGAAAUCUGGCCGCUUCAACCUGCUGCACUAUUCUGUAAUUGGCAAUAAUUUAAAAAGCGUCCAAUUUUUGCAUUCCAAGGACCCAAAACUGGUCACGCAGUUAACACUAUUAGGGGAAAACGCUCUUCACUUGGCCGCAAAGCACGCGGACAGAGAAAUGUGCCUGUUUCUGUGUGAAGAGGCGGGCGUCAAUCCUUUCAGCUCGAAUGAGAUGAACAACAAUGUAUUGCACCUCGCCGCGGCCAACGAAAAACACGGGGCGGAACUCGUAGAGUUCUUUGCCACCGAGAAAGGGGUGGACGUGCAUCAAAGAAACGUAUUUCUCGAGAUUCCUCUGCACCGUGCCCUGGACGAACAAAAUCUGGCCAUCGCUGAGGCGUUGUUGAAGGCCGGCGCCGACAUUAAUGUCAAGUUGGCUGAAAACAGCCUCCUGCACUUUUGCGCCAGUCAAAAAAAGUUGCAAAGCGCCAGGUUUGUCCUCGAGAAGAAUAAAGACAUGAUCAACGCAAUUGGCAGUAACAGAAUGACCGCUUUGCACGUUGCGGCGAAAUUGGGUCAACUCGAGUUUUGCAAGUUCUUGGUCGAGCAGGGAAUCGACUUCAACGCAGAAGAUUCGUUUAACAACACGGCGCUAACCUAUAUGUUUUCUGACGAGCUUCUGAACAACCUUUGGAUCGCCGCUUUUAUAUUGUUCGUCUCUAUUGCCCUCAUAGCUGUAAUCGUCGAGCUGAUUUUCCAUGGCUUCUUCAACGACAGGUCAACUAAGGAAGUUGACAUGAGUGAACGCUAUAGAUGGGACUCUCCGUUCAUGGGCUUGGCCGACAUAGAUCGAUUCAUGCAGAAGACGAUGGGCAACAGAGCAGGCAUCAAUUGGCUGAUGCUGGCAGCCAGGGACAGAAACCUGCAAACCUGCCUGGAGCUCGUGAAGAAAGGCGAAAACGCGAAGGCAACCACGCAUUUCGGCGUGACGCUGCUCCACUUCGCUGCCUUGAACAAAAGGCACGCAGAGAAAAUCGCCUCGCACUUUGUCGACCAGGGCUUAGACCUGCUGAAGAAGGACGUGGACGGUGAGAGUCCAAUUUACUACGCGGUCAGGUUGCAACAAUUUGAAGAUGCUGAAAAACUGUUGGGUCUUCGAAGCGCAGGAAUUAAAAACCUGCUUCAUUAUUUCGUCGCUGAGGACAAACUGGAAAUUGUGAAACGAAUCCAUUCGUGGAACGAGAAACUGAUUCGAGCAGUCGACCCGGAAGGAAAGAACGCCCUCCAUUUUGCAGCCCUGUGCUCCGACCUGAGGAUGUGCCAGUGGCUAAUCGAGAAGGGUCUCGACCCCAAAUCUCUGUCCGCCGAAAAAAUGUCCGUGCUGCACCACGCCGUGCUCAACUCUCGCCACGGAAAAGAGCUCGUCCAGUUCUUCGCAUCCCUAGACGUUGACGUGAACGGGGAAAUGGAAAAAGGGGAGACGCCCCUGCACGGCGCCCUCUUCGCGGAAAACUUGGACGUCGCAAGAACACUGCUUCAUCUCGGUGCCAAAUUAAAUAAAAGCAAAAAUAACAUUAUGAUCUUCUGCGUCAUGGCCAACAAAUUGAUAAGCGCCCAGUUUGUGCAUCGCAGGGACAAGAAUCUGCUUAAAAACUACGUCGAUUCUAAAGGGCAAACCGCCCUUCACGUGGCUGCCGCGUGCGCCGACGAGAAAAUGUGCACGUGGCUGGUGCGGGUGGGCGUCAGCGCCGAAAGCCCGGAGUCCACGGUGCUCCACAGAGUCGGCUACAACGCAGCACAUGGCUCCAAACUCACCCCCUUCUUCGUCAACAUGGGUUUAGAUUUGAACGAAAGGGACGAAUCAGGCAAAACUCCCAUCGUGCACGCCCUCAGGGCCGGAAACCUGGCUUUGGCUGAAACAAUGCUGGACCUCGGCGCCGAUUUGGAGGUCAAGGUCGGCGGAUUCAACCUCGUCCACCUGUUUUUGAUUUGCAACAACAUGAAGGCCGUCCGAUAUUUGCACAGGAAAAAUAAACAAAUGGUAAAAGAGAUCUUGUCGCCCCAAGGCACGAACGCCAUGCACCUGGCGGCCACCUUUGGAGACCUGGAAAUGUGCAGCUGGCUGUGCAAACUCGGAUUCGACGUCCGAGAUAUAGCUUCUCACUUCCGAAAUUCCGUUCUUCACUUCGCCUCGCUCAACAAGCAAUUCGGAAAAUCACUCGUCCCAUUUUUCGUCUACAAAGGAGUGGACGUUAACCAAAGAAACGCAACUUCUAUGACACCCCUUCACUUUGCUCUGCAGAAGGAAAAUUUCGAGGUGGCGGAGGCGCUGUUGAAGUCUGGCGCAGAUUCAAAGGUGAAAAUCGAACGGGAUAACCUGCUGAUCUUCUGCAUCCGCAAAAAAUUGCGUCACAGCGCUGAAUUCGUGGUGGAAAAAUUCGCUGAGCAGAUUAUGGAAGCCGGCGCCGAGGGACAGACGGCACUCCACGUAGCCGCACGCAUCGCCGACCUCGAGUUUUUCAGGUUUCUGAUCAGGGUUGGCCAGAAAAAGGGAGUGGUCAGUAAUCCUAUGCUAGUGGCGCUCAUGUGUUUGCCACCAAACAGCGAAAAAGAAAUGAGGAAUCAUUUGUCUUCUUUGGGAGAGAAGGACUGA